GGCAAAUCUGGUGGACCUUCAGAAAAAGCUUGAGGAACUGGAGCUGGAUGAGCAGCAGAAGAAGCGCCUGGAAGCUUUCCUCACCCAGAAAGCCAAAGUGGGCGAGCUGAAGGACGAUGACUUUGAGAGGAUCUCCGAACUGGGGGCUGGCAAUGGUGGUGUGGUCACCAAAGUGCAGCACAAACCCUCGGGGCUCGUUAUGGCACGGAAGCUGAUUCAUUUAGAAAUCAAACCGGCCAUCAGGAAUCAGAUUAUCCGAGAGCUGCAGGUGCUGCAUGAGUGUAAUUCCCCAUAUAUUGUGGGUUUCUAUGGAGCCUUCUACAGCGACGGAGAGAUCUCCAUCUGCAUGGAGCACAUGGAUGGCGGCUCUUUGGAUCAAGUGUUGAAAGAAGCCAAAAGAAUUCCUGAGGAGAUCUUGGGGAAAGUCAGUAUAGCGGUUCUGAGAGGCUUGGCGUAUCUGAGAGAGAAGCACCAAAUCAUGCACAGAGAUGUGAAGCCUUCUAAUAUCCUGGUUAAUUCUCGAGGAGAGAUUAAGCUGUGUGAUUUUGGGGUCAGCGGUCAACUCAUUGACUCCAUGGCAAACUCUUUUGUGGGAACUCGGUCCUACAUGUCCCCCGAGCGGUUGCAGGGCACCCACUACUCGGUCCAGUCCGACAUCUGGAGCAUGGGUCUGUCGUUAGUGGAGCUGUCUAUCGGAAGGUACCCAAUCCCCCCGCCAGACUCCAAGGAACUGGAAGCAAUAUUUGGCCGUCCUGUGGUGGACGGGGCAGAGGGAGAGUCUCACAGCAUCUCGCCGCGGGCCAGGCCCCCAGGACGCCCCGUCAGUGGCCAUGGGAUGGACAGCCGGCCUGCGAUGGCCAUUUUUGAACUGCUGGAUUAUAUAGUUAAUGAGCCACCUCCCAAGCUGCCGAAUGGAGUUUUCACACAAGAUUUCCAGGAGUUUGUAAAUAAAUGCUUAAUUAAAAAUCCGGCAGAACGGGCAGAUCUGAAGAUGCUGAUGAGUCACACCUUCAUCAAACGCUCCGAAGUGGAGGAAGUGGAUUUCGCCGGCUGGCUGUGCAAAACGCUGCGGUUGAACCAGCCCAGCACGCCCACCGCCGACCGCCUGGUGUCAGUACAUCUGCCUCUGUCACCAUUUCCUCUCCUUCAGUAAAUGACAGAACUG